CUCUCCCGGCUCGACAGCAGCACAGUGUCGGUGGUGAUUUGAAAACUGGUGUGACUUUCCAACUUCACUCAAUGGGAGAUUCAUCUUCCAAACAUGCAUCCCCACCACCAUCUCCUACUUUUAGUGAGCCAUGGAGGGAAAUACCAUGGAGACACAAAGACAGGGAGCUGCAGUACGUGAGGGAUUACCAACCCCACAGUGACGUCCAGCACCUGAGAAUCCUGCUUCAUGGUCCAGUUGGAGCUGGAAAAUCCAGUUUCAUCGACUCUGUUGACAGUGUCUUACAAGGCAGAAUCACAACCAGAGCUUUGGCUGCAGCAAAUGCCAGUGAAAGUUUCACCCAUAAGUAUAAAACCUACAAAAUCCAAAAAGGACGACCUGGAGACUUUUACCCUUUCGUCCUCAGUGACACUAUGGGUCUUGAGAUGCAGGACGGAGGAGUCCAUCGAGAGGACAUCAAACUGGCCUUGAAGGGACAUGUGACAGAUGGUUACACGUUCAAUCCUGCAUCGAAACUGUCAGAUGACAGUAAGUAUUACAACGCAGAACCAACUCUAAAUGACAAAGUUCAUGUUCUGGUGUGUGUUGUCCCUGCUGACCAAAUACCUUUAGUAUCUGAGAGCUUUGUGAGGAAGAUAAAGGACAUCAGAAGGACAGCCAGUGACCUGGGAAUUCCUCAACUGGUCAUCAUCACCAAAAUUGAUUUAGCCUGCCCACUGAUCAAGAAAGAUCUAAAGAACAUCUAUAAGAGCAAGUACCUGAAGGAGACAAUGGAGAAAUUCAGUUAUUUGGUGGGAAUUCCAAUGAACUGCAUCAUUCCUGUGAUGAACUACCAUGAAGAAAUCAACAUAAAGGAUGAUGUUGAUUCUCUGAUUCUGAGCGUCCUGAGACGGAUCAUCAGCUCUGGAGAAGACUUCAUCAAUCACAUGGAAACCUAA